AGCAAAACGGUUUCUAUCCUUUUCCUUCUCAUGUUAUGGAAUCGAAUAAGUAGCAGAUAAUGAAAAUGCCACCACCCACAGUGGAAAAUCAAAAUUCCAUCUUGUUGUCCACAGAGGAAAAUUUACAAGUGUUCAAGUUAUUGGGAAAUAGGUGCCAAACGAUUUCCACGACUGUUGUACAGCUUUUCAUUACUUCACCGCCUAGUCAUUCGCAAUGGAUCAAAAGAGAAACUGGUGUCUUGUGCUUUGUAAGGGACAAUAUCAAGAAAAACUAUUUUUUUCGAAUGUUCAGUUUGAAAAAGAAUCGCAUGGUAUGGGAACAUGAGAUGUAUAAUAAUAUGGAAUAUAUAGAAUCUUCACCUUUUUUUCAUACGUUUGAAGGUGAAGAAUACAUUGUAGCGUUCAAUUUUGCAAGCCCACCUGAAGCUAAAACCUUCAAGGCUAUUGUAGAACAAAAAAUUAUUAUGAAAAAACGAAAAGAGGAGAAAAAGGCUAGACAAGUUGCUCAGACUCAAACAUUAAGGUUACCACAGAAAAAUCUCGACUUCAGUGUAAAGCAGGAGUUGAGAAAGGAAAAGAGGAAAAGGAACAUUACUAAGGCUGAUAUAAGUACUCCAAUGGACUUUGUACAUAUUUCACAUGUAGGUUGGAAUCCAAAUACAGGUUUUGAUGUUUCAAGUGAGGAUGCUCAAUUAAAGUCAUUAUUUCAUAGGGCCGGCGUAUCAGAAAAACAACUGCAAGACAAAGAAACACGAGAAUUUAUAUACGAUUUUAUCAGUAAGCAUAGGGAUUCCCAAUACGGUGAUGAACCGAACCCACCAGUGGUACCUCCAAGAGGGCCACCGAGGCCACCAUCUAGCAAUGCCAGGCCUGCUCCACCACCUCCACCCGUGCCCAGAAUAGCAUUGCAAGAAAAUGUUGCCCCGAAAAAAGCUAGGCCACCCUCGCCACCAAAACAAAUGAUUAGCAGACAAAUGGUUAAUGCUGGAAGUCCGGCACCGCCUCCACCUCCACCACCUCCGCCUGCCAUGGAAAAUGUACCUCCUCCGCCACCAAUGCUGAUGGACAAUGGAGGGUUUGUACAAAAUUCGGUGCCAAACGGAAAUGGAAAUGCGGCUUUAUUACAGAGUAUACGAGAAGGAACCAACCUUAGGCAUGUCGAAGAAACAGAAACAGCUGUGGUGGAUAAUCCACGAGGUGACUUGCUUAGUGAAAUCCGCAAAGGAAUUCAGCUAAAACCAGCGGACCAGAGGGAGAUUAAGCCGGCACAGAAUCCAUCUCCAACUGACUCGGGCGGAACUGAUUUAGCCAGGGCUCUGAAACAAGCACUAUUUGAAAGAAGUAAAGUGAUUCAUUCAGAAGACGACGAUGACGAUACUAGUAGUACAUCAAACGAUGAUGAGUGGGAUUGAGACUGGCAUACAACCUUGUAUAUAUGUAUAUUUAGUAGAAUAAGGUAAAACAAUGAUUUUUAUAUAAGGGAUAAAGGUAAUAAAUAAAUUUAAAUAAAUCAAAUUGAUAUCAGGAUAGUUGAGAAACAAUAAUUCCAAUAUCAAACUAGUCUUUUCUCAUUUUUAACUUUAUUAUUUAUAUGAAAAUAGGAUCAAUAAUAAUAUGUAUAGUUUGAGCUUAUUGCAAUAAUUUAUCUUAUUGCUUUUCAUAUAAUGUAUAUGUAUUUUCGUUGUUUUUUUUUUUUAAUAUUGACCUUUCCAACAAAGCAAUCAUUAUGUGCCAAAUAACUUUUUUUUGCACAUUUUUAAGUUCGUCAAGAUUUAUUUUUCCAUUUGUAAAACAAACAUGAUUCCAAAGUUUUGCUAAGCACUCCGGUUACCUAACUUUCUGAUAGGUAAAGUUUCAAAAAAUCCAAUAUUGAAUUAAUAUUUUGAACAUGGCUUCCAAAUCAGAUCUCCCUUUCUAUUGUUUUGCAAGUCUUUUGACGUCUUCCCCAUAAUCAUGUUCAUGAUAAAAUAAAUCAUUUUGAUACCUAUAAGGAAUGUUAUGUCGCACAUUUACUAAUAAAAUUGACCCAUUAACAAUUUGCUGCACAACAAAUAGUAAUACUGAAAUACUAAAAAUAGUUUAGCAGAAGUAAGGUAUUGUUAUAACAAAGAGAACCAAUUUUAGCAUUCAUUAUCCAUAACAAGUAGGAUGAUACCAUUCAUAACUAUAUAUUUUUUUUGUAUUAUUUCUAUUUAUAUUCAAAAUAUAAAUAGGAUAUAGGGAUGGUAUAUUUUUUAGUAGGUGAGCGGUUAGGGUCCUUAUUCUUGAAACAGGGGAGCAGCGUUCCCAGGAGAUGAGUAUCUGUCUUUCUCAAAUGAUAAUAUAAGUAACAAAGACGGAAAACUCGUUCUCCUAGGAACGCUGCUCCCCUGUUUCAAGAAUAAGGACCCAGGUGAAUUUUGCUAGAUUCCUGACAAAAUCGAAUUUUAUGUAGUCUUAAUUUGAUUCUUUGAUGUCUGUUGUGACAAACUCUAUACCAUUUUUUUUUGGUGGAAAUUUGCUUAGCACAUUUUGUAUUGUUCUAAAAUUGAGCAAAGCCAACUUAAAACUCAUGAAAUCGGACGCUAGAUCGCACCUUAAAUAAUAUAUCGCUGGACGAUGAUAACUAAAAUGAAAAUGUAUUUAAUUUUAAAGAAAAGUUAUUGUGACUUGAUGUUUUGUCCAACCUGUUGUUUGAGUGGUUGGAUAAUUUUGCGUCAAAGCUCAAAACUCACUUCAUAAAUAACAAUUUUUUGGAUUUUUUUUGUGGAAUAUCAUUUAUUUCAUACGGUAUUGUAAAACACACCUUUAUUUAGUUAGUCGGAAAAUUGAAUUUUACGAUACUAUUGCUGUAAAAUCGUGAUUUUUAGGCCGGUAAAAUGUUCAGACUGUCAAAUUCAAACUUUAGUCAGUAUUGAUCUGCUGACCUAUAUGGUACUACAAUGUUUUCACCAGUAAACAAUCAGAUAUAAAUUCAAAGAAUUUAUGCCCAUGACACUCAAAAUAGACAAUAGCCACAAUCAAAGCCGUGAAAUUGUGAAUCGUGUGAGUAAAUUUAUGAAAAAAACGGCGGAAGAAGGUCAACACGAGCUCAUCGGAAUUAAUUGAAGACAGCUCGGAUGACAACAGGGCAUCAGAAGAUGAGCAAGUCUUUUCAGGCCUCAAAUCAAACAUCUCCAAAUAACCAAAAAAAUCAUUAAAAUUUAACUUAUUGCGAGUUCAGAAGAAGCAGUAUCUUUUUUCCUAUAUUAAUUUUUGUAUACUUAUCAGUUAUCAGUUCAGAAAAAUAUAUAGUUUCAAGGUAGUUUUUUUCAUUGUACUGUUUCGGGUUCACAUGGUUCAACUCUCUGAGGUUCAACUUAUCAUUUUUCCUAACGUUUAUUCUACUAAGCAAUAGCCUGUAGUGUCAUGGCCCAUACUUGUUCCAUUUAUUUCUACUUGGUACUUUACAGGUAUCUGAUGCAAAUUAAAAAUACCCUAUUAUUUCAAAAUACAGGGUGAUUCAAAAGUAAGCGGCAUCCUUUCAGGGGCGUAUUCCUUGCAUAUAAAUAAGACAAAAAGUUCCUAUUAACAUGGGUCUGGAAAUGCUUCCUAAGGGAGCUACGCACCUUCGAAUAGGACACCUGAAAGACGUAUUUUUCUCUAUAACUUUGAAACCCUUCACAAAUGGAUUUUGAAAAUUGGUGUAUUUCAUGAACAUUUGAUGGCAAUUAAGAUAGUAAAUUGAAAAUUCAAAAAUCUUAAUCAGUGACGUCACAUACUGGGGAGGGUGAGGGUUAAUACAUCUCUAUUUUUUUCACUCGUCAGGUUUUUGCGAUUCUGAUUGAAAAUUCAGAAAGUUUAGAGUUUUUCACACAGAAAAGGUAUUCUUGGUUCAAUUCGAUACAGCGUACCGUUUACGAGAAAAUUGACUUUGAAAAUUUUCUGAUUGGAAAAAAAAAGAACACACAAUCUUAACAAUUUAGAGGAAAUGUUCAAAAUUAUUACCAUUAGCAUCGCGACAAGCCGCUAAUAUUUUUAUUAGAUUACGAUGGUAGAAUUUGUGACAUUUUACGUGUAUCAAACGUCAAAUUUUAGAAAUAAUGUCAAAAAACGCGAAUUUCGCCCUACUAAGCUUUGAAACGUUUUAAACCAGAAUCUUUUACACGUUCGAUUUAAGAAAAAGUGACGUCUUCAAUGACUCAAGAAAAUGGAGUGCUUUGAAACUAUGGCCGAUUUCCAUUUGCAGCAAGAGUGCAAUUUUUUUUAAUCUCUAUCCUUCUAUUUCACAUUCUUUUAGAGAAAGAUGUGAAUACACUCAGUGCGCACUGAUUCAUAAAUGGAAAUCGCCAUAUUUCAAGACGUUUUGUCCACAAAAAUGCAUUUAUGGCCGUUUGUACCGACCAUUUUAAGAAAGCGUUAGCGAUAAGUAUUCCUUAAAGUGACAUUUCUCCAUAUAAAAAUGUCAUUUUAAGGAAUACUUACCGCUAAGGCUUCCUUAAAAUGGUCGGUGCAAACGGCCAUUACUCAUUUAAAAUGCAUUUCUGUCAAAAUUGCUAGAAUUUGAUUAUUAGCUGACAGCAUUUUAUUUUAAAUGGGAAAGUUUAACCAGUUGCAAUGCAGAGUAGUUUUCAUCAAUAAACAUACGCAAAUCAGAAAAUUUUCAAAGUCAAUUUUCUUGUAAACGGUACGCUGUAUCGAAUUGAACCAAGAGUACCUUUUCUGUGUAAAAAACUCUUAAACUUUCCAAAUUUUCAAUCAGAAUCGCAAAAACCUGACGGGUAAAAAAAAUACAGAUGUUUUAACCCUAACCCUCCCCAGUAUGUUACGCCACUGAUUAAGAUUUUUGAAUUUUCAAUUUACUAUCUUAAUUGCCAUCAAAUGUUUAUAAAAUACACCAAUUUUCAAAAUCCAUUUGUGAAGGGUUUCAAAGUUAUAGAGAAAAAUACGUCUUUCAGGUGUCCUAUUCGAAGGGACGUAGCUCCCUUAGGAAGCAUUUCCGGACCUAUGUUAAUAGGAACUUUUUGCCUUAUUUUUAUGCAAGGAAUACGUCCCCGAAAGGAUGCCGCUUACUUUUGAAUCACCCUGCAUACCUUGCAACAAAAGAGUGUGAAAUGAAAUGAAACAUUGUACGUUAUUCAUCCGGGAAAACUUUUACAUUAUUCAGACGUAAAUAUCUAUUUUGGCAGGUGCCUACUUUGUUAUAUUUUGUUAAUUUCGUCUACACUUUAUUUUUUCCCAAGAUAGAUUUUGAUAUUGUUAACUUUGAAACAUAAUCGAUGCCGCUAAUGCCGCUUAUUGGUCGCAAAAUGCCAUUUGAACGACAUGUAUUAUAAAACUGAUGUCAACCUGCAAGAACACCUCAUUUUGCGACCAAUCAGGGCCAAGCGGUAUUGUUUAUGUUUCAAAGUUUUCAAUUUCAAAAUCCAUCUUGGGAAAAAAUACACCAUAGAUAGACCGUCAUUCACAAUAUCUUUGAAAAAAAAAAUACAGUAUAGUUAAUUUUAUUUAUUGAUCAAAAUAAAAAAUGGUUCCCUUUGUAAUAAUAAUCUCAUUACUGAGUCAAGAGAUUCAUUCAUUUAUAUUUAUUAUGAUUUUUUAUGUUGAUGUUUUAUAUUCUGCAUUUAUUUUUUAUUUACUGAUUUUUUUUAGCGAUGCCUAUUUUAUUCUAGGUCCCUAAUUUGUAAUAUUUGAUUUAAUAGAUUAUGUUG